GCGGAGGCCUAGCGCGCCGCCAACGGAAGUCUUAGCCCUAUAUCACGCUAGUUCUCUCCCGCCUCUAUCUUCCGCUGCCUCCAAGCGCCCUCCACAGCCCCGCCUCCUCUCGGGAGUGCGUCUCAACAUCCCAGCCGCACUACGGCGGCAAUGAGGCAGCGACAGGGAGGCGGGGCCGAGCCGUCCUGGAUGACAGCCGGCAACCUCGCUUGACGCUGCAGCGGGGGAAGCGGCGUUGGCGGCGAGCGGAAAGAGGAAAAGCGUCUCUCCCCCGUGCCCCAGGCGGGAGGGGGACCUCCUCGCUCGCCAUGAGCUUCUUGAUCGAUUCCAGCAUCAUGGUCGUUUCUCAGUUGCUGUUCUUUGGAUUUGGAUGGCUGUUCUUCAUGCGCCAGCUUUUUAAAGACUAUGAGGUGCGACAGUAUGUUGUGCAGGUUGUCUUCUCUGUCACAUUUGCUUUUUCCUGCACUAUGUUUGAACUCAUCAUUUUUGAAAUUUUAGGUGUCCUAAACAGCAGCUCCCGGUAUUUUCACUGGAAAUUGAACCUAUGCGUGAUUCUGCUUGUGCUAGUUUUCAUGGUGCCCUUUUACAUUGGCUACUUUGUUGUGAGCAACAUUCGACUGUUGCACAGACAUAGACUACUUUUUGCCUGUGUUGUUUGGUUAACAUUUAUGUAUUUCUUCUGGAAACUGGGAGACCCAUUUCCUAUCCUCAGUCCAAAACAUGGAAUUCUGUCUAUAGAACAGCUCAUAAGCCGAGUGGGAGUAAUCGGGGUGACCCUCAUGGCUCUGCUUUCUGGAUUCGGUGCUGUCAAUUGCCCGUAUACUUAUAUGUCUUACUUUCUCAGGAAUGUGACAGAUGCAGAUAUUUUAGCUCUGGAGCGUCGUCUCCUCCAGACCAUGGAUAUGAUCAUCAGCAAGAAGAAAAGGAUAGCCAUGGUUCACAGAAACAUGUUCCAGAGGGGGGAAGUGCACAACAAGCCCACUGGUUUCUGGGGCAUGAUAAAAAGUGUUACCACAUCUUCUCCAGGCAGCGAAAAUCUGACGCUUAUCCAGCAAGAAGUAGAUGCUCUGGAGGAGCUCAGUCGGCAGCUUUUCCUAGAAACAGCUGACCUACAUGCUACCAAGGAAAGAAUAGAAUACUCCAAAACAUUUCAAGGGAAAUAUUUCAACUUCCUGGGCUAUUUUUUCUCCAUCUAUUGUGUUUGGAAAAUUUUUAUGGCAACAAUCAAUAUUGUAUUUGACAGAGUUGGGAAGACUGAUCCAGUCACAAGAGGAAUUGAAAUCACUGUAAAUUAUUUGGGAAUCCAGUUUGAUGUAAAAUUCUGGUCCCAGCAUAUUUCCUUUAUCCUUGUUGGAAUAAUUAUAGUCACCUCUAUCAGGGGUUUAUUGAUAACACUCACAAAGUUUUUCUAUGCUAUCUCAAGCAGCAAGUCCUCCAAUGUCAUUGUUCUGUUACUGGCACAGAUCAUGGGGAUGUAUUUUGUAUCUUCGGUACUUCUGAUUCGGAUGAGCAUGCCUCUGGAGUAUCGCACUAUAAUUACUGAAGUUCUAGGGGAAUUACAGUUUAACUUUUACCAUCGCUGGUUUGAUGUUAUAUUUCUUGUCAGUGCUCUGUCCAGCAUCCUCUUUCUCUAUCUGGCACACAAGCAGGCUCCUGAGAAGCAUAUGGCACUCUAAGUCCAUUAUAGUUCUCCAGUGCCAGAUAGAUUUAAAAAAAAAAAGCACUUGCCAUGCUGCCAUACUGCGGCAGGUCUUUGUGUGGCUGUUAACCAACUCUUUGGCUCACAUCAAAUGCCUCAGCUCAGGCAGAAAAUGGCGAGAAACAGCCAAGAGUCCUAAGGUACUUCUUUCUGGUUUUGGGACAUGCUUGAGAUGGAAUAGUUCAUAAAAAGAAUACUUAAGGAAACCUGAGAUGAGAGCUCUUGAAAAAGAGGAUGGAUGAGCUUCAAUGAAAAGGAUGAUUGGCAAUACGUCUGUCUAAUAGAGCAAUCCUAUGCAGAAUUACUCCAAUCAAAGAGCAAUGAAAUCAGUGGGUUUAGACAAGAGUAACUAUGCAUAGGAUUGUAUGGCUUAUGUUAUAAUCUUGGAGAGUAGAGAUUUUGGAAUGAAACCUCCCAAUAAACCAAGUUUUGUAAUAAUUUUAAUGUUUAGUUUCAUAAUAAAUGUUUGAUAACCCUAGAGAUUUGGGAAUACUGCUGGGAGGAGGAAUGAAUAAUGCUCAAAUUAUUGGUGUCUGAGUUUUUGUAAGGCAGGCCUGCACAACUUGUGCUCCAUCAAGGUGAAUGCAGCUCACUAGGGGUGGGAUUCAAACUUGGAUUUCCUGCUAGCCUGGGAAUUUAAAAACAGGUAGAUUAUCUGGUAUCAUGCAAGCUAUAAUAUGUGGUGGAUGAGCUAUUCAGUCAUGUUUCAUCCUAGCCUUUUUACUAUUAUGUUGGAUCUUAUUUAUUUUCCUUCCAGACUACGAAUAGAACUGAGACCUCCUAGGAAUUUGAUGUUAAGCAUCUGUAUGUAUUAUAUACAAGAAGUUCUCUUAUGUGGAUCACCCACUGUCCUCUAAGCCUUUCUUAGACCAUUACUGAUUCCACUUGAGGCUAUCUGCUCUGUUUUGCAACAGUCACACAGCAUUUUUG